AAUAAAAAAAAAAUAUUUUUAUACUAGAAAACAUAUAAAACUAAGUACAAAUAUGAUUAGAAGCAUUAGUGAACCAUCUUUAAGUACUGUAGGAACUGGCACAAUGGCAACAAAUGUUCCUAGUCGCUUAAAUUUGCCUCAGAUUGGGCAUAGAACAGAUGGAUACCGAGGAAAAUUCCUGUGGGAAGGUAGGAUGAGGAAAAUCACGUUAGCCGUCAUGUCACUACCGUGGAACAUGUGGUUCCAGACAUUAGUUUGCCUAACGAUAUUGUUCAAAUUCGUAGUACAUUUACUACUCGGGUAUUAUCUCAACAAUUCGUACCCUAUUUUGGCUGCAAUGGUAAUUUUGACCGAAACGUUCUUUAUUUGUGACGUGCUGGUGCAUUGUCUACACGCAUUGUGGCCACCGGUGCGGAUGCAUGUAAGGAUUUAUAGGAGAAGCUAUGUUCUCCUAAUUUAUGAUGUCCUGACUUUUGUGCCGUUGAUUUCAAUAUUUAACAACAAAGCUGGUUAUGAACAUUAUUUGCUUUUUGGUCGUUGGUUGAAGAUAUCUCGCAUUUAUAGACUAUUCACAUUUUUCCAGCAGAUUAAUGGAACUAUUAGAGACACUCGAAAAACUUUGUAUGUGAUAGAACACAUUACUGUUGUGUUACUAGUAUUGCAUGCCAGCACAUGCCUGUUGUUCGCUAUGCAUAGAUCUCCAGGGUGGAGUAAGAAUUGGUAUCAGCUGGGAUAUCCAGAUCAUGUCAACUCACAUAAAUUGAAAUAUGAUACUUACAUUUCCUGUUGGUAUUAUACCGCCUGUCGUUUCUUUAAUGUUAUCUUUGGUGACACCUUUCCAUUACGGGAUUUAGACAAGUGGUUAUCGUCUAUAUUAAUGCUUAUUGGUUUCGUCUUCAUGAGGUACCAUUUCAUAGGAACCUUGGCAUGGGAAUUAGUACGGGAUAGUAGUCGCAAGUCGGAAUUUAUCGAUCAGUAUCAUCACAUGAUCAGUUACCUCAAGUUUCGCGGAGCGCCAACUUGGUUGAUCGAACAAGCCCGAAAUUAUAAACGACAAUUAUGGAUAAUGAAAGAUGGUAUUUUGAGUUCUAAGCAUUUGCAAAAACUACCACUUCCAUUGCAAAUGGAACUAAUAUUUGAUAUUAAUGUUGGCCACUUUAAAAAAUCAUUGAUUUUUAAAGAUACGGAUGAAGCUUUUUUGCGUCAAAUUUCACUACUAAUGCGACAUGAGAUAUACCUUGCCGGACAGAGAAUUUGGACUCAGGAUGUGGUAAAGACUGGUAUGAUCUGCAUAAAACAGGGAGUUAUAGAAAUGCUUUCAGAUGAGGACGAUGAGAGUCCUAUGAUUGCUUUCAAAGAAGGAACUGUAUUAGGGGAGCUGAGUUUAUUUUAUUCCAUCCCAUCAAAGGUUACAGUUAAAGCAGCUACAUAUGUCGAGCUUCAGGUUUUACGUAGAACGGAUUUCAUGCGAGUGGCGGAAGAGCAACCUUUUAUGCUUCAACGUAUACGUAAAAUAAUCGAGGACAGGCUUUGGAAAUCGCGUCGGAAAGAGGAAGCUAUAGCACAGUACGACAAAGGCGAUUCAAGACUAAUUCGAACCCGUUAUAGACCUAUGAAGGUCCUUAAAGAUAAUUUAGCCGGUGUUGAGGAAGAAGAUCCGACUUUCGUAGACGAUUCUCACAUGUAUUACAGAGACGAGAAUAAUGUUCGGCAACCGAAGUUUACUAGUGAAUAUUUAAAACUAUAUCAAAUAUCAAACAACGUAACCACUAUUGACAAGCCAAAAAUAUGCAUAAGGGCCAAUUUUCCAUGGAUAUUAGAACCAAAUACGAGUUUUACCAACAUGUUCGACGUAGGGCAUUUUAUAAUGAUUCUAUAUUUGUGUUUUUUAUCUCCACAUUACGCUAUACAGACAGAUCGUUCAGAUUUGCAAACAGUGUUCAGUACUAUUGUAAUUUCUGGGUUAUUGUUCAAUAUAUACAUACAACUUACAACGGCCAUAGUAGAUAAGAAUAUACGAAAAGAGACAAUAAAAGAGAUAGCGGAAGUUAAAAUGGCCACUGUGGGGUUUUACUUAGACAUAUUGUCUGUCUUUCCGAUGUAUAUUUUCACUGACACCUUGGACCCCCGUGGCGAAUCUGUUGCUGGGCAAGUGGUUAAGCUGUUUCCUACACUUCAAGUUUGGCAUAUUUGGGACUAUAUUAGUAAAUGGGAGAAAAAUUUUAAUAGCAAUGCUAAGCUCCUAUGUCUGUUGAAGUAUUGCUUAAUAUUCAUCAUACUAUGCUAUUGGUCUGGAUGUUUUCUGUACCUUUUCGCUUGUCCAAAAAAAUUAUGUCAUGAAAAAUCAUGGAUGGCACAGUUAAUAUUUUGGGAAACGAAGGUAUUCAUGAUAAAUGAGGCUAGACACGAGAAACCUUUUUUAACGUCAUCUUCUUUUGGUACAUCUGUUUUCACUGGCACUGGUACUUCGGAUUUAGCACCAGGAAGAGCUGAUUUAUUUGUGGUAAUGCUAAUAUUUGCUUUGGGAACGUACCUAUUUUGUUUUUACACUGCGAAAAUUUGCAGUAUAUAUUUACUUGCCACUCGAAGAAAAUUAAAAUUCAAAGAGUCUAUGAGAGAACUUUUUUAUUUUUUAACGGUGAAUCGUGUCAGUGCGAAAAUAAAAGCACGUGUAAGAAAGUUUUUUAGUGUGCAGUGGUAUUAUAAUAAUGCCAUAUUAGCGGAGGAAAUAUUCAAAGACAUGUCUUCUAAUAUCCAGCAAGAGGUAUUAUGUAUAGAAAUGGUAGAAACCUUAUUAUUCUGUCCUAUAUUUCAGGGUUGUAACCGUGAUUUCUUGCAAACGGUAGCAUCAAAUAGUAGAACAAUAGUGUUGCCCGACAAUGAAGUAGUACAACAUGCAGGCGAUAUUGGACGUGACAUGUAUAUUUUGCAAAAGGGACAUUCUAAUUUAUUGAAUCAUCGAGGGAAAAUAGAUAAGACUAUAGGUCCCGGAAGUCACUUUGGCGUUGUGGAAAUGCUCUUCGGGUUGCCUAAAGUGUACACUGUAGUGACAACGACAAAUUGUAUAUUACUGCAUGUGGAGUACAGUGCACUGGUGCAGUGCUGGGGCACCUUCCCAGAUAUUAGUCAUCCCAUUAUCACGGUUCUAGAAGACCCUGUACUUCGCAAAGGCGCUAAACGUUACGAGGACGCGAAACCUUUAACGGGUCGGCUGGACGCCAAAAUAAACAGAAUUGCGCAAGAGAUAAAGGAAAGUUUUGUGGUGUUAAGCGGCCGCGAGGAGAAGGCACAGUAUGUGAAGACAUUCGAAAAGUUGGGAGUCAUGAGGUAUACUAGAUAUAUGUUUCUACCUGGAUGUAUCACUCCACAUGGUAUAUUUCUGAAGUUUUGGUGUACCGUGCGUUUCAUAAUGUCUGCAUUUUAUAUCGUCACUAUACCCUAUAAUAUGGCUACAAAACAGAAUAAGUAUGGAGGUGAAUACAGUUGGGCGGACAUAAUACUCUACAUAGAUAUAGUAAUAAUGGCGUAUGUGGCUUACUACAACGAACAUUCUUUGUUGGUCACCCACCCUCUACUCACCGUCUCUCGAUAUUUGAAACAUGCCUUUUUUCUCGAUGCUAUCAGCGUUUUUCCGAUCGAACAAUUGGUUAAGAUCAUUAAUGAUAAUACUGAUGUGGAUUUGUACAGAAUGAAUCGUAUGCUUCUGGUGACUAGAAUCAUUGGAACUUUCUCAUACUGGGAGAGUGAUAUAAUGCGUUUAAAUCCUAUGGUAGUACUUUUGAAGUUCUUACCAUUCGCAAUAACGGUCGUCAAUAUUGCCACUUCCAUCAUUUUCACUUACUCCUGUGUACCGUUUCUGAGAGCAGAUUCUAAUUAUAUCAUUGUUAAUUGUUCCCGAGUUUUGAUAGUUUCUAGUAAUAGAUAUGAAGUCAAAUAUGCGGUAACAGAAUACGCUCAAACGUUUUUCUGGGUAUUCGAAAUGUUUGUUGGAUGCGGGUGUACCCCGGUGGGUGUGCAGAACACUGUGGACGUGUGGCUGACCAUGAUCCUCCAGGUCACAGGCUUCCUAUAUUUCGCUUUCAUGUUUGGUUAUGUAUCAUCGACGCGAUCAGCAGAUGCGCAUGCAUUAUUGGAACAUAAUGAAAAAACAAGAGAUUUGGCGAACUUUCUGUACCAAGAGAAUGUUGACCCAAUACUAACAGCGAGAACUCUGAAAUAUUUCGAAUAUGUGUGGAAAAGGACGAAUGGAAGCAAUGCUCAGCAAAUUUGCCGUUGUCUGAACUCGGCUCUUAUGGAAGACACGUUAGUAUUUAUGUACGAGAAAGCAUUACGUGAAGUGCCCCUUUUUGGGAAAGUGGAGCGAUCCUUCAUCAGGGUCAUCACACAGCACCUGCAUGAGAUGUACUUCCUUAAGGGCGAGUCUGUCAUACAAGUUUCAGAUAUACAGCCCUACAUUUACAUCAUUUAUAGAGGGAAGGUGGAUGUGUUGACAUCUUAUAACGAAAUGAUUACAUGUAUGGGUCCUGGUGGUAUGUUCGGAAAUUUUAGUGGUCAACCAGUGUCGUGUUCCGCUGUUUCGAUUUACGCGAGCCGAAGUUUAGAUCUCUUAGUCAUUCCGGGGCAGACUUUCUUCAAUCUCAUCAAAUAUUAUCCUAAAGUACAGGAGCCAUUAAAUAAAGCGUUCAGUAUGUCCAAAGACUAUAUAUUGCCUAUAACUAUGGAUAUUAUUGACGAGAGCUCUUCAGAUGACUCAGAAGUUGAUUUACUUUCUCUGGAAUCAGCUAUUGAUUCAAGAAGCGGUUCGAGUAGAUUUGAUAUAUCAGGUCAUAUGUCAAUACGUAGCUCACAAUCACAGUCGAACAUGAGCCAAGCGAAGUCAUCGAUCAGCAUAAUGACGUAUCAAAGUUAUGUGGAUUUUUCUAAUUUGCUACGCCCCGGCACAUGGCUGUUUCAGAGUUUUGGAUACAUAACUUGUUUGAUGGCAACAUGUAAUUAUGUUCUCGGAUUAUACGAGCUUGUGACGUUAAAUGAUUGUUUCAUAUUAUUUUGGAUACAUACAAUUUUUGAUCUAUUUUUUUAUCUUAAAAUUUAUUUAAAUAUGCAUCAGGGUUUUAUAAAUAAACACGGAGAUUUAAUAAUGGCUCCAGGAAAGUGUAGAAGAAGAUAUUAUAAACAUAAGCUAUGGAUAUGGUCUGACAUUUUAGUAAAUUUACCUUUAGAGCUAUUCGGAUUUUGCAGUCCGUAUCCUUUGACGGCGAUGCAUUACUUACGGGCUAAUAAAUUGCUAAGGCUGAAGUACCUUGUUGAUUUCUAUCGUAAAACAGCGUAUGAGAUCACCAAUAACCUUACCAUUUUACAGGCGGCGAUGACAAUUAUAAUAGUAAUCCUCUUGAUCCAUUCAUUCAGCUGUAUCUUUUUAAUCGUCAUGAUUGCUACUUCACCUACUAGUGUCAUCAGACCACUGAAACUGCAUCUUAUUGAUGAAGAAACGCCACAAAAACGUUGGGACUACACAACAUCAUUCUAUUUGGUCCUAUCAGAGUUGACAACCACUGGCGGUGACGAGUUCAUCAUAGAGGAAAUAUUUCCUAUGAUAAUAUUGGGUAUAUGCCUUGUGGCUGGCAAGAUGCUUGCGGCUGUGGUAGUAGCCACAUCUAUACAGAUUGCAUACUCUACUAACUACGCAUUAAAUUGUUAUGAAAAAGUGACUCACGAGCUUAUUGAUAUGUUAAAAAAUCAGGGGUUAUCAAAUUAUCAGUUAAAGAAAUUUUGGAAAUACGUACGUCAACUUUGGGUGACAGAACGAGGACGCCAGCUACCUGUACUCUUGGAGCAGAUGCCGUAUGUGCGACGAUGCGAUUUGAUGUCCGCAAUGUUCGGUCAUCAUUUGAGAAAUUGUUAUCUCUUUGCCGACACGGGAGAGUCAUUUUUGCGUCAACUAUCUGCCGCAUUGGAUUACAAUAUAUUUUUUCCUGGUAACUAUAUAUUAUUAGCUGGGGAUAACGAGGCCCGUAUGUACUGGGUGGCGUCAGGUACAGUCUCAGUGGUGUCAGUGAGACCUGACUUGACAGAAACCACUCAUGAGUACCUUAAUACGGGAGAUGUGUUUGGAAUAUUACAAGGCAUGAAUAGAGGCAUUUCACAUUGCUUUUCAUAUAGAGCCGAGACAAAGACCAGUAUUUUAACAUUAAGUUUGGACUCGUGGAUAAAUAUCCUACCGUUCUUCCCGGACGCGAAGAGAAUUAUCACAGAAAGGUCGGAAGUUUUGUUCGCUUAG